AUGAAGCGGCCAACGGCGACUGGGCUCUUGCUUGCGGCCGUGGCGGCUCCCGCUGCGGCUGCCACGACGUGGAAGAACGUCAAUAUUGGCGGCGGCGGCGGCUUCGUCCCUGGCAUCAUCUUCCAUCCCACGGCCAAGGGCGUCGCCUAUGCCCGUACUGAUAUUGGCGGCCUGUACCGCCUGAACGCUGACGACUCGUGGACUGCUGUGACGGACGACCUCGGCACUCAUGAGAGAUGGGGCCACUGGGGUAUCGACGCCGUCGCGCUGGAUCCCCAGGAUCCUGACAAGGUCUACGCCGCCGUCGGCAUGUACACCAACAGUUGGGACCCCAACCCAGGUGCCAUUAUCCGCAGCUCGGACCGGGGCAACACCUGGCAGUCGGUCGACCUGCCCUUCAAGGUCGGCGGCAACAUGCCCGGCCGCGGCAUGGGUGAGAGGCUGGCUGUCGACCCCAACAACGGCAAUAUCAUCUACUUCGGUGCCCGCAGCGGCAACGGCCUGUGGAAGAGUACCGACGGCGGAGUCACCUGGUCCAAGGUGACCUCCUUCACCAACGUCGGCACAUAUAUCCCGGACCCCAGCGAUGCCAACGGCUACAACAACGACAUCAUCGGCCUGACCUUUGUCACCUUUGACUCGACCUCGCCCAUCAUCAACGGCGCGACCUCACGCAUUUUUGUUGGCACGGCCGACAACAUCACUGCCUCCGUCUAUGUGUCCAACGAUGCCGGCGCUACCUGGAGCCCCGUCUCCGGCCAGCCCGGCAAGUACUUCCCGCACAAGUGCAAGCUCCAGCCGGCCGAAAAGGCCCUCUACCUGACCUACAGCGACGGCGCUGGCCCGUACGAUGGCAGUGCCGGCGCCGUCUAUCGCUACGACAUCACCAACGGCACCUGGAAGGACAUCACCCCAGUCUCGGGCGGCGACCUGUAUUUUGGCUUUGGCGGUCUGGGUGUUGACAUGCAGAAGCCGGGCACUCUUGUUGUGGCCAGCCUGAACUCGUGGUGGCCCGAUGCCCAGCUGUUUAGGUCGACCGACUCGGGCAACACCUGGUCUCGCAUUUGGGAGUGGGCGGGCUACCCGAACCAGAACUGGUACUAUAGCAUGCAUACCGGCAACGCGCCCUGGAUCGACACUGGCUUCCUCUCCACGGACAGCAAGCGUCUGGGCUGGAUGAUUGAGGCGCUCGAAAUCGACCCUCACGACAGCGACCACUGGCUCUACGGCACCGGCCUGACCCUCUUUGGUGGUCAUGAUCUGACCAAGUGGGACACCGUCCACAACGUCAGCAUCCACUCUCUCGCUGUCGGCAUCGAGGAGAUGGCCGUGCUCGGUCUCGCCUCUCCCCCGGGUGGUCCAGAGCUCCUGGCCGCCGUCGGCGACGACUGCGGCUUCACCUUCCGCACCAGCAACGACUUGGGCACUUCCCCGAGCACUCCCUGGAUGACGCCUAUCUGGGCCAGCUCCAGCGAUGUUGACUAUGCCGGUAACAAACCCGAGAACAUUGUCCGCGUGGGCACCGGGUCCGGCAGCCCGCAGGUCGCGCUCUCCAGCAACGGCGGCCAGAGCUGGAACACCCACUACGGCGCCAGCGACAACCAGAGCGGCGGCUCCGUUGCCUACUCAGCCGACGCCGACACCAUCCUCUGGUCGACAAGCAACUCGGGGGUCCUGCGCUCCCAGCAUCAGAGCAGCUUCGCCGCCGUGGCUUCUCUGCCCUCGGGCGCAGCCGUCGCCGCCGACCGCCGCAACAACAGCGUCUUCUACGCCGGCUCGGGCUCCAAGUUCUACCGCAGCACCGACACUGGUGUCACCUUCACUUCCGUCUCCCUGCCUAGCGGCGUACAGUCCGUCAAGGAUGUUGUCGCUCACCCGGUCGUCUCCGGCGAGGUCUGGGUCAGCACUAAUGCCGGCUUGUUCCGCAGCACCGACUUUGGCGCCACGUUCUCGGCCGUCAGCACCCUAACCGACACCGAGCAGAUCGCCUUUGGCAAGGGCGACGGUUCCACGUGGAAUGUGUACGCCUUUGGCCAGGGCCCGUCGGGGGCGAAGCUCUACGCCAGCUCCGACUCUGGCGCCUCGUGGGUCGAUAUCCAGGGUACCAAGGGUUUCGGUGCUAUGGGCGCCAACAGGGUUGUCGGCAGUGGCAACGUCGCUAACCAGGUGUAUGUCGGCACCAACGGCCGCGGCGUGUUUUAUGCCAAGGUCUCCGUCCCAAGCAGCGGCGGCAGCCCUAGCACUACCUCGUCUGCGGUCUCCAGCACCAAGACCACCAGCAGCGUCCCGACUACGCUAGCAACGUCGACCGUCCGCACUACCACGACCUCCACGUCGACUGUUCGCACGAGCAGCACGACUACCACUAGCUCGGCGCCGACUACCACCACGCCGACCCAGAAGUCAAAGCACUGGGAGCAGUGCGGUGGUUUGAUGUGGACUGGCCCGACGGUCUGCGAGGAGCCAUGGACUUGUGUCAAGUAUAACGACUGGUACUCGCAGUGUGUCUAA